CGAUGGUCAAACAAUUGUCUAYUACGAUGGUCAUCAACUUGCCAAAAGGUCGAACUUCAACAAAGGUCACAUGAUAGAAUCUGGCGGCAUUCUCAUCAUCGGUCAGGAUCAAGACAGUUUUGGAGGGGGGUUCCAAGUGAAGGACAGUUAUGCUGGCGARCUGACAGGUGUUAACAUGUGGAACAGGGUACUAGGACCGAGUCAGAUAUCUGCUAUGUCAAAAUCUUGCGAAAACACAAUAGAUAGAUCUGGGAACGUCUUGACGUUUUUUGACGUUUUAUUUGACGGCAUUAGAUAUGGUCAAGCAGAGAUUCUCAACGAAACAACAUGCAAGAGUUCACCAGAAAUCUCCGCAAUAAAAUUUGCUGGUAAUACAGUGGACGACUAUAUUAAAGUUAAAAGGGAAAUACCUCGAAUGACAAGUCUAACAACGUGCCUUUGGAUGAAUGGUUAUGGGUCAGUGCUAAGCUACGCCCUGCCAAACAGUGCCAACGAAAUUCUCAUCGAUAAUGUCAUGUCCGAAAGCAGUUUGGAUCUGUGGAUUGGAAAUAAAGAAUUGGAAACAGGCGUUUUUGUCUAUGACCGUCAGUGGCACUAUAUGUGCGUUACAUGGGAUAAUUCCGAUGGUCAGAUAAUUGUCUACAACGAUGGUCAUCAACUUUUCAAUAAGUCGAGCUUCAACAAAGGUCACACGAUAGAAUCUGGCGGCAUUCUCAUCAUCGGUCARGAUCAAGACAGUUUUGGAGGUAGUUUCCAAGUAUCGGACAGUUAUGCUGGCSAGCUGACGGGUGUUAACAUGUGGAACAGGGUACUAGGACCGAGUCAGAUAUCUGCUAUGUCAAAGUCUUGCGAAAGCACGAUAGAUAGAUCUGGGAACAUCUUGACGUUUAUUGACGUUUUAUUUGACGGCACUAGACAUGGUCAAACAGAGAUUGUCAACGGAUCAACAUGCAAGAAUUCACCAGGAUGUCACUCAAAUAUAAGUAAUCUUGUGGCAACAAACCACAGUAAUGAGAUCAUAAGACCUCUGCUGCCAACCAAUUCAUCACCAGGCCACUUUUGUACGUGGCUGAUAACAGCACCGUUACAAUAUGCAAUUGUUCUCCAGUUCAGCAUCUUCAAGAUAGAUGAAACAAACAAUUGUAGUGAGAAUUACUUGUCGGUGCGAGAUGGCAAUAGUUUCGCUAGUCCAUUAUUGAUGAAGCAGUGUGGUCUCGACUAUAAAUGUUCCGUUGUGUCGUCUGGUCGUUACAUGUGGAUAAGAUACAAGACUGCCAAUACUGGGCAGAUUAAUAACUUUCUGGGAACUUACGUUGCUGUAAGUCAAGGUAACUGUAGGCAUUUCUAA